AUGCAUCCAUAUAUCAGGAUUUCCUGCUUUGGAUUGAUCGCCGGAUGCGCCAGGGCAGCACUCGAUAUCAUCCCUGGGGCAACAUGGACUGCUACAAACACUGGACAGCACGUCCAAGCCCACGGCGCUGGACUUAUCGAAGAAGACGGCACUUACUACCUGAUCGGCGAAGAGAAAACCAACGGCGCCCUCUUUCAGGCCGUAAACUGCUACUCGUCUACAAAUUUGAUCGAAUGGACAUUCGUGAACCAGCUUCUCACGGUCACCGACGAGGAAGGCGCGGACCUUGGCCCGAAUCGCAUUGUUGAGAGACCAAAGAUUAUCAAGAAUGAUAACACCGGACAAUAUGUCAUGUGGAUGCACAUUGAUUCAACAGAUUAUAGAGAUGCCAGGGUUGGUGUUGCCACCGGCGACAGUGUCUGUGGUGAGUAUGUCUACCAGGAAAGUUUCCGGCCGUUGGGGUUCCAGAGUCGCGAUAUCGGGCUUUUCAAGGAUGAUGAUGGUUCUGCCUAUCUGCUUACUGAGGAUCGCGAAUACGGAACUCGAAUCAUCCAACUUACGGAUGAUUACCUUGAUGUCGCGAACGUAACAUUUGGUUGGGAGUACUUUGCUGAAUCCCCAGCGCUGAUCAAGCGCGGUGAGACAUACUUCAUCUUUGGGUCCCAUCUUACCGGGUGGUCGCCUAAUGACAAUAUCUAUUCAACUGCAACCUCCCUCUCCGGUCCCUGGACAGACUGGAUCGAAUUCGCUCCCGUCGGUUCAAACACCUUCACCAGCCAGGUGAACUACGUUCUACCUCUAGGCACAGACAAGGCAAUAUACAUGGGCGAUCGAUGGGUAUCAACGAACCUCGGCGCAAGCACAUACAUCUGGCUCCCUCUAGAGAUCGACGGCACGACCGCCACCGCAAGUCUUGAAUGGUACGAUUCAUGGAGCGUGGAUCUGGCCGCGGGAACCUGGACCGCAGGAUCUGACGGAACGGCGUAUGAAGGUGAGGAUGGAGAACUCUCCGGCGGUGCUCGGACUAUCAAUUGCUCCCGGUGCAGUGGCGCAGUAGCAGCCGGGUAUAUUGGGGGUUCCGGAGAUGGCGAGAAUGAGGGCGUUGUUGAGCUCGAGGUUGACUCUGCGGACACGGCCCGUGUGACGCUUAAUAUCAAGUAUCUCAAUGGCGACACGAGCCCGCGCUAUGCCGCUGUGUCUGUCAAUGAUGGCGAGGCACAGACGGUGGCGUUCGUGUCGACUUCGCAUCUAGGUGGUAGUGUUGGGAGCACCGCUGUUCAUGUUGACUUGGUGCAGGGGGUCAAUACCAUCCGGAUUUUUGGCGUGGAGGGUGGUGGAUGGGGACCGGAUGUUGAUCAGGUGGUUGUUCCUUUGUAG